GUAUGGACUAAUCAGAGACCAGGACCUGUUUAGUUGUGGCAGUGAUUGACUUUUUCAGUGGGAGUUUUGUACUGCCUCCUAGCUGACCUGGAUCCCUUUAGCAGACAUGGGCAGGAUUGGGGAAAUUUGCUAUUUUUCAGUACUUUGCUUUUGGAGCCUUUUGCUGGUUGCAACAGUUAAUUGGUUUGUGUUUGAGUUAAAAAAUGCCAUUAGAAUACGUUCAUCUAGAGUGCAUGCUCUCUGUACCACUAUGUAGUCCAUACACUCCUGUAUCUGAAGCUAACUGCCCUAUCCAAAGACUUUAUCUUGACCUGUCUACUGGGGCCCAAUCUUCCAACAGCCAAUUUCUAACAAUCUUCUCUUCCUCAUUUUCAUCUCCUCAGGCUUCUGACAGAGUUCCACUCAGCGGCAGUUUAACUGAUCAGUGCUCCAGCCCUUCAUCAAAGCUAAAGACAGGAAGCAGGCGACACUCCAGAGGGCACCCACAUACCAAGGUGAUGGUUUGGCUUGCAGAUCCACGUUGGCAGGUUCUUGUGUCCCUAUUUGUGCUGCUCUCGCUACACAACAGAGGUAACUGCCUUGACAACAUGCUUCUACGAAGUACAGGGAAGCUAAGCGUGGAAAACAAGGGGGGAUACGGCGACAGCACGGUAUCGACACCUCCUCAGAGGGAUCUGUGGUGCCAUUGUCACCACCAUUGCCCAGAAGAGUCUGUCAACAACACCUGCAAAACAGAUGGUUACUGUUUCACCAUCAUGGAGGAGGGUGAUUCAGGCGGCCAUGUCAUCACCUCUGGGUGUCUGGGCAAGGAGGGUUCAGACUUCCAGUGUCGGGACACUCCCAAGUCAUCCCAGCGGCGAGCCAUCGAAUGUUGCACCGAUCGAGAUUUCUGCAAUCGAGAUCUGCACCCUACGCUUCCACCCCAAGAUAUGAGAGAUUUUGUCGAUGGAAGCACACAUCACUUGGCCCUGCUGAUCUCUGUUACUGUUUGCAGCAUCAUUCUUGCACUGCUCAUUAUUUUCUUCUACUUCAGGUAUAAGAGGCAAGAUGAAAGGCCGAGAUACAACAUGGGCAUCGAGCAGGAUGAGACUUUCAUUCCAGCAGGUGAAUCCCUCAAAGAUCUGAUUGAGCAGUCUCAAAGCUCAGGCAGUGGCUCCGGGCUCCCUCUUCUGGUACAAAGGACGAUAGCAAAACAGAUUCAGAUGGUGAAACAGAUUGGAAAAGGCCGUUAUGGCGAAGUCUGGAUGGGGAGGUGGCGAGGUGAGAAAGUUGCCGUGAAAGUCUUCUUCACCAUGGAAGAAGCAAGCUGGUUCAGGGAGACGGAGAUAUAUCAGACUGUGCUCAUGAGGCACGAGAACAUCCUCGGUUUUAUUGCUGCUGAUAUCAAGGGAACGGGGUCAUGGACACAGCUGUACCUGAUCACAGAUUACCAUGAAAAUGGCUCUCUCUAUGACUAUUUAAAGUCCACUACCCUUGACACGAAAGCCAUGCUGAAGUUAGCAUACUCUACUGUCAGUGGACUGUGCCACCUGCACACGGAGAUCUUUGGCACUCAGGGAAAGCCAGCCAUUGCUCAUCGGGACUUGAAAAGCAAAAACAUCCUAGUGAAGAAAAACGGAAUGUGCUGUAUCGCAGACCUGGGUUUGGCUGUUAAAUUUAUCAGUGACACUAAUGAAGUAGACAUACCGCUCAACACCAGAGUCGGCACAAAGCGAUACAUGGCUCCAGAGGUGCUGGAUGAGAGUCUUAACCGUAAUCAUUUCCAAUCAUACAUCAUGGCAGAUAUGUACAGUUUUGGACUGAUUUUAUGGGAGAUAGCUCGACGUUGUGUGUCUGUAGGGAUUGUUGAAGAAUACCAAUUACCAUAUCAUGACUUGGUGCCCAGCGAUCCAUCCUUCGAAGAUAUGAGAGAAGUUGUGUGCAUCAAGAGGCUGAGACCAUCGUUCCCCAACAGAUGGACCAGUGAUGAGUGUCUGAGACAAAUGGGUAAAGUUAUGAGUGAAUGCUGGGCCCACAACCCAGCCUCCCGGCUAACAGCCCUACGAGUGAAGAAGACCUUGGCCAAAAUGUCCGAGUCCCAAGACAUAAAGCUCUGAUGUCACCCCAGAACUCCAUAGUUCCAGAGGACCCUUGUGUAGCACCUGACCCACACAACGAGAGGGAGGUGUGACCUCUCGAUCCUUUUCAAAUAUUUUCCUUCUUGUUGUCUUGUUCGCGAUGCCAUUGAGUUGGCACAGCCGUAAGGGAGGACUGCACUGUCCAAAUCACCAGGAACGGGCUGCAGGAGCAUUCAUGGGGUUUUCUGUUUUUUUUUGUCUAUGCUUGCAUCUAGCAACAGGUUUCAGAGAUCAGUGCAAUGGAGAUUGCGUGCUUUGCUUUCUGUGAAAGCUGCUCACGUCAUUUUUUAAAAAGUAUUAAGCAUUGCAAGACAGGUGGCAGUUUAAGUCUGUUCUGAAUUGUGCAUAAGCUGAGUAGGUUGCUCACCCUGUUAACUCCAAGCAUGUCUUCACCAAGAUGCUAUCUGUUUAACUUACUCAAGCUUUUGAGAACUGAGGGCUGGGAGCUGGAAAACCCAACUGCACCGUGAUCUGCUUCCUUAACCCAAGCUGAUUUGAAGACGGAGGAUCUACUCAGAAGCUCCAGUGGAUUCCACAAUUGUCAGCUUUGAACUGAAGUGUUUUGUUGAGAUCCUUUUAUGGGAUUUGACCAUCAUGGGCAAUACCAGAGUUGAUUUCCUCUCCCCAGUUGGCCUUGAGGAGGGGUAGUGUGCCAUCUCCUUGAAAGGCUGCAGUCCGUACACUGAAAAUGCUUCCAUAGUGCUGAUGGACAAAUUCCAGGAUUUGGACCCAGCCACUGCAAAGGAGUGGUGAAGUAUUCCUAAGUCAUAAUGUGGAACACCUUGGAAAGGAAUCUGCAGGGAGCGAUGUUUCCAUGUGCCUGCUGCCCUUGUACAUCUUGGUAUUAGAGCAAUCGGCUUAGAAGAUGCUGUUAGAAUAGCCAAGUGUACACACUGAAAUAACGACGGUGCAUUUGUAUUGGCAUACACCGAAGCCACAGCAUGCCAUGGACAUAGGGAAUGAGUGUUUCGGGUGAUGGUUCAGUACCAGCCAAGUGUUCUGAUUUGUCCUGGAUGGUGCUGAGAUUUUCACUUUUUAUAACUAACAAAUAAUUGGAGAUGGACACCUCUAACAGGAGCUGAAGGCUAAAGAUCAUGCAAGAAAUGUAGAGUUUAGCGGAAAUCCACAGACAUAUACACUGCUGGGCUGAUUUCUUUAACUUCCUGUAAUUUUUCUCCCCUUCCAUUUCUCUCUUUUUCCAUUGCCCAUUCUGGCUUCCCUCUUACUCCUUCUCUGUGCAAGAUGUUUGUAGUCUGUUGUAGUCUCCUCUCAAGAAGACAUAUCCCAAAACUCCAGCGCAUCACCUUCAGAGAGCAGGACAAGGGAGGUGUUUUCGCUGAGUCAAUAAAUGAAGGCCCACUCUCUCUAAAAUGAUCACAUAGUGUUCUGCUGAAGAGAAGAGGUAUUAUCCAUGUUCACUCUUAACACCAUUAAAAUCAGACCAGUCUUUCUGAUGAAGGUGCUCCUACUAUGCUGACGGACAUGGUAUUCCAGCAUCCACUCCAAUAAUAGAAUGGAAAUACCUUUCCAAAAGGCAGGAGUAAUCAAUAUGGCAGGGGUGGGAAAUUUGGUAGCAUUUCUGAUUCAUUGUUUUCCCAAGUCUUUAGGGGUCAGGGUUAAAGGUUAAAACAAAAAACUAUAUAGUAUAGUGAAAUGCUGUUCGACUCAAGAUGUCAUUACUGAUUAUGAUAUCACUUUAAACUAACUCCAUUUAGCUGCAUGUGAUCUUUAUCCUUGCAUUCCCUGCCUGUUCGUGUGGCAAUGCCUCUGAAUGCUGUAAUUCGACUUGCUUCAACUAUCAUGCCUGGUCCAGGCAGCUACCUCUCUCUGCUGAAAAACUUAUCUCACAAAUCUCCUUCAAGCUUCCCCCCCCCCAACCCCCCCCAGCGCUGGAGAGAAAAGUGGCUCUAAGUCUAUGCUUCUCAGAAUUUAUACAUUUCUAUCAGAAGUGGACAAUUCAGCUCCUCAGUCCAUUUUGCCUGGUCAUUUCAUCCAAAUCAUUGAUACAGAGGGUGAACAGUGGGGUCCCAGCACCCAGCAGUUGAAGUGAAAGGGUACAGUUGAGAAGUGAAGCAGGCCCCACAUCUUAACAUCAGUUCUAAUGUUAGUCGGGGGUAAUAGUUAACAUUUCACUGAAGGGAAUGUGUAUCAGAAGGGUGCAACAUAGUUCUAGUAACCAGUGAAUUACAUAAUGGCUUUGCAUCAUACAUCUAUGGAUCAUAAUUAAUCAGUUUACAAAGUUUCUCCACCCUUUGUUGUUGCUCAUGCUUAGAAGUUGGUAUUGUGUCUUUGGCCAAUAAGGGAUAUAUUUGUCACUAAAAUGAUCCGAGAGGAGAGUGACCCAGUCUAGACAAAUGGAUCAGGGUGCUAAUGGUGAGGCUAUGCCACACCUCUGACUUUGAAAGAAAAACUCUGCUGAAAGAUCUAAUGAUCUCAGUGGCUUGAACCUACUGUUGAAGUCAGAAGUUUACAUACACCUUAGCCAAAUACAUUUAAACUGAGUUUUUCACAAUUCCUUACAUUUAAUCCUAGAAAAUAUUCCUUGCCUUAGGUCAGUUAGGAUCACUACUUUAUUUUAAGAAUGUGAAAUGUCAGAAUAAUAGUAGAGAGAAUGAUUUAUUUCAGUUUUUAUUUCUGUCAUCACAUUCCCAGUGGGUUAGAAGUUUACAUACACUUUGUUAGUAUUUGGUAGCAUUAAAUUGUUUAAUUUGGGUCAAAUGUUUUGGGUAGCCUUCCACAAGCUUCUCACAAUAAUUUGCUGUAAUUUUGCUCCAUUCCUCCAGACAGAACUGGUGUAACUGAGUCAGGUUUGUAGGCCUCCUGGCUCGCACAUACUUUUUCAGUUCUGCCCACAAAUUUUCUAUAGGAUUGAGGUCAGGGCUUUGUGAUGGCCACUCCAAUACCUUGACUUUGUUGUCCUUAAGCAAUUUUGCCACAACUUUGGAGGUAUGCUUGGGGUCAUUGUCCAUUUGGAAGACCCAUUUGUGACCGAACUUUAACUUCCUGGCUGAUAGAAACAGAAAAUAGGUGCAGGAGUAGGCCAUUCAGCCCUUCGAGCCUGCACCGCCAUUCAGUAUGAUCAUGGCUGAUCAUCCAACUCAGAACCCUGUACCUGUUUUCUCUCCCUACCCCCUGCUCCCUUUAGCCACAAGGGCCAUAUCUAACUUCCUCUUAAAUAUAGCCAAUGAACUGGCCUCAACUGUUUCCUGUGGCAGAGAAUUCCACAGAUUCACCACUCUCUGUGUGAAGAAGUUUUUCCUCACCUGGGUCCUAAAAGGCUUCCCCUUUAUCUUUAAACUGUGACCCCUCGUUCUGGACUUACCCAACUUCGGAAACAAUCUUCCUGCAUCUAGCCUCUCCAAUCCCUUUAGAAUUUUAUAUGUUUCAAUAAGAUCCACCCUCAAUCUUCUAAAUUCCAGUGAGUAUAAGCCUAGUCGAUCCAGUCUUUCUUCAUAUGAAAGUCCUGCCAUCCCAGGAAUCAAUCUGGUGAACCUUCUUUGAACUCCCUCUAUGGGAAGAAUGUCUUUCCUCAGAUUAGGGGACCAAAACUGCACACAAUAUUCUAGUUGCGGUCUCACCAAGGCCUUGUACAAUUGCAGUAGAACCUCCCUGCUCCUGUACUCAAAUCCUUUUGCUAUGAAUGCCAACAUACCAUUUGCCUUUUUCACCACCUGCUGUACCUACAUGCCCACCUUCAAUGACUGGUGUACAAUGACACCCAGGUCUCGUUGCAUCUCCCCUUUUCCUAAUCGGCCACCGUUCAGAUAAUAAUCUGUUUUCUUGUUCUUGCAACCAAAGUGGAGAACCUCACAUUUAUCCACAUUAAAUUGCAUCUGCCAUGAAUUUGCCCACUCACCCAACCUAUCCAAGUGUUGAUGUUGAUGUCUUGAGAUGUUGUUUCAAUAUAUCCACAUAAUUUUCCUUCCUCAUGAUGUCAUCUAUUUUGUGAAGUGCACCAGUCCCUCCUGCAGCAAAGCACCCCCACAACAUGAUGCUGCCACCCCCAUGCUUCAAGGUUGGGAUGGUGUUCUUCGGCUUGCAAGCCUCACCCUUUUUCCUCCAAACUUAACAAUAGUCAUUAUAGCCAAACAGUUCAGAUUUUGUUUCAUCAGACCAGAGGACAUUUCUCCAAUAUGAAAGAUCUUUGUCCCCAUGUGCACUUGUAAACUGUAGUCUGGCUUUUUAAUGGCAGUUUUGGAGCAGUGGCUUCUUCCUUGCUAAGCAGCAUUUCAGGUUAUGUCGAUAUAGGGCUUGUUUUACUGUGGAUAUAGAUACUUGUCUACCUGUUUCCUCCAGCAUCUUCACAAGGUCCUUUGCUGUUGUUCUGGGAUUGAUUUGCACUUUCCAUGCCAAAGUACAUUCAUCUCUAGGAGACAGAAUGCGUCUCCUUCCUGAGCGGUAUGACGGCUGCGUGGUCCCAUUGUGUUUAUAUUUGCGUACUAUUGUUUGUACAGAUGAAUGUGGUACCUUCAGGCAUUUGGAAAUUGCCCCCAAGGAUGAACCAGACUUGUGGAGGUCCACAAUUUUUUUUUCUGAAGUCUUGGCUGAUUUCUUCUGAUUUUGUUUGUAAACUUCUGACUUACUGGAAUUGUGCCUUAGUCAAUUAAAAGUGAAAUAAUCUGCCUGUAAACAAUUGUUGGAAAAAUUACUCAUGUCAUGCACAAAAUAGAUGUCCUCAAUGUCUUGCUAAAACUAUAGUUUGCUAAUAUAAAAUCUGUGGAGUGGUUAAACAAUGAGUUUUAAUGACUUCAACCUAAGUGUAUGUAAACUUCUGACUUCAACUGUACAUACUCCUCAACGUCAAUUUCUGUCAAGUCUCAGUUUGAUGAGAUUCCUGACACUCAGAGUUGUCAUCAAGCUGGCUGGACAGCCAAUUGCAUAAAAUAAUUAUUUGGCUAAAAAAAGCACAAUUGUAAACUCACAUUUCUUAAACCUUACAAAAUAAAAAGCACAAACUUAAGAGCAGAAUGUAUAGACAGAGUUGAACACAAUCAGGAAUAUCAUAAGUAGACUCUUUGAUAUCUUUAAAUGUUUUAUGGGCCAUUGCAUUUUGAUAGAUUUAUCUGGGAGAAUUAUAAAUCCAAACGCAUAAAUAAAGGAUAGACAGGUUGCGAACAGCAGUUAUGACUCAGUAUGCUAUUAAGAUCCAGUUUAUCUUACAAGGAGAAUAGUUUAUAAACACCUGGAGAUUACAUUCCCUUACGUACAGUGCUUUUUCCAGAGGAGCUGGAAUGGACCUGAGGUCAAAUUCAGGGUUUUCUUGUUUAGUUGUGCAUGUAUGCAUUUGAAUUAGCAAUGCAAUGACAGCAAGCUCCAAGCCAUUGAAUUCUCAUGCAAAUUCUGAAUAUUAAAAUGAGGACUAUGCACCAGAGCUUGCAUUGGACAAUCAGAAACUCAGUUGGAAAGAAGAUUAGGCACAAUAUGCAGUAAUUCAAGCUUGUGUAUUAUCUUGUUUUAAAAUAAAUAUAAACCCUUUAAGUGCACAUCUGUGUCAGAGUAGAUUGUGCUCCCAUUUUUAAGGAAUACUAAUUUUAUCUCUCCUUUAACCUCAUCCUUUCUGGUUGAAACUGCAGUGUUUAGUUUUUUGAGAGGCUGAGAUUGAAGUUAAAGGGGAUUGUUCUGUGCUGUGUUGAGACUGUCUUAAAAUAUGGCAGUGAACAAUUUCAGUUGUUCUUCUCUCACCCCGCACUCCUCCCCCACCGCAUCCCUUUACCGUUCUCAGUCCUGUCAGGUUUCAGGCAGGAUUGAGGAAAUGCUGUUUGCUGCUUUUGUGAGCCAAAUGGACUCAGAAAAAUAGUGGGCAUGAGGGAUCUCUGACUCCCUCGCCAGCAAGAGGGUAAUUGGCUCCAAUCACUACAUCAGGAAAGCUGAAACCGAUGACAAUGUUAGAACACCUGAACUUUGCAGGGAGUGUUGUACUUUGUUAAAUUACUAAUGAAACUCUCUUGAUUGUAUAACUGGAAGCAAACCAUUGUUUUAUUUUACAUCUGUAUAGAUGAAAUAUGGUAAACAGAAAGUUGCAGCUCACUGGGAAACAGUGCCUUAUUUAAACUGUACAUAGUUGUAAAUCAGAAAGAUUAGAAGACAGAAUAUUAGUUGUAUAUGCUAUAAAUAUGUACUGUGUUUACCAUUUCCCUAAUAAAGAAAUUCAG